CUAGUUACCCUGUAGUUAGCUAACUGGCUAACUGUAGUGUUAUGUAAUUGAGUUAGUAAAAGCAGAGCACACGGAAGAGCUGUGUGAUGAAGCUGAACAGCGGGAUGGAAUGUUUGAUAUUUGAGGUUUAGAGAAUUAAAGACACAUUUGGGAUAAAAUGCGGAGGGCAGAUGAAUGUAAGGAUUUUUGGUUUUAUCACCGGUGAGAGAAAAAAGCGGUGUUUAAGUGAAGUUUGAUUCAAGUCGUUGUUUGUUAGUUAGCAUUUCCUGCGGUCGGUAGCAGCGGGUUGAGCCGCGGACACUUGAGCUCGGUUCGGGCUGGAGCUCGGGGGAUGUUGUCCGUGCUCUCCUGCGGUAGACUGCUGGCUCGGGCUGUCAUCGGCGGCCUUUCCCAAACAGACAGCCGCGAUUACAGCCUAGUAUCGGCUAGCUUUGGAUAUGGAAAAGACUUCCGGAAGGGUAUUUUAAAGAAAUGCAUGUGCUAUGGCGAUGACGCGUGGUUUAUUGCACGACACAGAUCCGCUGAUGUUUUAGGUGUGGCUGAUGGAGUGGGUGGCUGGCGGGAUUACGGAGUAGAUCCCUCUCUGUUCUCCGGAACUCUCAUGAGGACAUGUGAGAGAUUAGUCAGGGAAGGUCACUUUGUUCCUAGCAACCCUGUGGGAAUCCUCACCACCAGUUACUAUGAGCUCCUUCAGAACAAAGUACCUCUAUUAGGAAGCAGCACAGCUUGUAUAGUGAUGCUGGACAGACGGAGUCACCGACUUCACACAGCAAACUUGGGAGAUUCUGGCUUCCUUGUGGUUCGAGGAGGGGAGGUAGUACACAGGUCUGAUGAGCAGCAACACUAUUUCAACACACCAUUUCAGCUUUCGAUCGCCCCUCCAGAGGCAGAGGGCUCUGUUCUUAGUGACAGUCCUGAAGCUGCAGACCGCACAUCCUUUGAUGUCCAGCUAGGAGACAUCAUCCUCACUGCCACAGAUGGGCUUUUUGACAACAUGCCAGAUUAUAUGAUCUUACAAGAACUCAAAAAGCUCAAGAACACCAAUUAUGAGAGCAUCCAGCAGACAGCCAAGAGUAUUGCAGAACAGGCUCAUGUUUUGGCAUAUGACCCCAAUUACAUGUCACCGUUUGCACAGUUUGCUUGUGACAAUGGACUGAAUGUAAGAGGAGGAAAACCAGAUGACAUCACUGUCCUACUGUCUAUCGUUGCUGAGUACACAGACUGAUGUCGGAGCAGUGCUCUACAUAUCUCUGUGCCAUUAAAGUGGUCAUGUCUACCUGCUGGCAGGAUAGGCAAAAGGUUUUCCAUUCUUUGCCAAGGACCAAACCCUAAUCCUUUUCAUUGGAUUUUAACACCUCUCUAACUCUUGCUUUUUACAGCAUAACAUAAACCAUCCAAAAUAAGAAAAUGCAGGAAUAUGCAACCUGGAAUUAACUAGUAAGAGGUUAAACAUUGUUCCAGAAGGGAGAUGUGUGGAGAUGAUCGUGUCAAUUGGAUCGAUGUGGCAGGAGAGCUCAAUCUGACUGUGGAGUCUAGAGACAAGGUAGGGCUCAUGAUGCCAAUGGCAACCCCAUAGGACAGCGAUUUCGAAUCACUGGAAAUUGUCAAUUUGCCUUGAACUAUCUAUUUAAAAAGCCAUUUUAAUGAGCAUACAUAUUUCCUUAGUCAGUCUGGCUGUAAUAUGGCUCUGCAUAACUGUAUACCACAAUGAUUUAGAAACCAGAGUAAAGGGAACUUGUUUAAAAAUGUAGAUGAUUUCAGCAUGUUAUGGUUUUUAUUUACUUAUCAUUUUAAUAUUUAAUAUGUUAAAUAUUGUUAGAGUAGAGUUUCUUCACACAAUGUCAGUGGUUAUAUAAUGCAAGAGAUUGCAAGGUUUAUAUUAUGGGGGGGACCCUUUCAUGCUCUGUUAACCGCUUUAAGGGUCACAUACGUUUGUGUAUGUGUGUUUGUGUGACUUGUGCAUAUGUGGACUUGAGAGAAAUUAUACUGUAUGUAAAAAGGUAAACCUUCUUGCUACAUCUAUAAAUAUAGGCACAGGGUGUCCAAAAAAAUUGACAUUUCGUAGUCUAACAACAAUUUCCGCUCAAAUUAUCUAAAAUUUUAACGAGAUGUGCACAAACUAACGUGCUUAGAAAAAGCAAUUCAUGCUUUUAUUAGUUCGCAGCUAGACUAUACUGCAACGCACUUUAUGUUGGAAUCACUUAAGCUCGUCCACAUUGUCUGCAACUUGUACAGAAUGCUGCGGCUUGUAUGCUGACCAGUAAUCGUAAAAAUAUGAUCACAUCACACCAACCCUGUAUUCCCUCCACUGGCUUCCGGUACAGUUCCGGAUUCAGUUUAAACUUUUGAUGUUUGUUUUUAAUGCGAUUAAUGGUCUGGCCCCUUCCUACUUGUGUGAAACAGCAAGCUUUUAUCAACAAAGUAGAGUCUUACAUUUUGCUAACCAAAACCUGUUUGUGGUCCCUGCGUCAAGGUGCAACCAAUAGGAUGAUCGCUCCUUUGCAGUGGCUGGUCCUAAACUCUGAAACACCUGAGUUACGUACCAUUACGGACCUUUCUUCGUUUAAAGCAAAACUAAAGACCCACUUAUUUAGAAUUGCUUUUAAUAUUUUAUAAUUGUAUGUUUUUACAUAAUUUUAUCAUUGUUUUAUUUAUUAUUAUUAUCAUUAUUAUAUUUUCAUUUAUAUUUUUCAUUAAUUUAUUUAUAAUUGUUUUAUUUUUUUUAUAUUUUUAUUUUUAUUGCCAUUUUAUUGUCAUUUUUAGUGCUGUGAAGCACUUUGGUUUAAUUUAGGUUGCUGUAAAUUGCUAUAUAAAUAAAUGUUGAUUGAUUGAUAAUCAACAAAAAAAAGUUUUUCUUUUGGAUCAGGCGUGCCAAUAGUAAUGACCGAGAUAAUGACAGUGAAGAGGCCACCACGUUUACCUGACUUGACACAUUGUGAUUUUCUUUUUCUAUGGGGCUAUGCGAAAGGACUGGUCUUUAUUUUCCUUUUCUUACAAGCCUAGAUGAGCUCAGAGUCAUUGUGGCACUGGAGAAUGUCACGCCAGAUAUGCUGCAGCGUGUUUGGCAGGAACUGGACUACCGACUUGACAUGGGUCAUGUCACAGGUAGUGCGCAUAUUGAACAUUUGUGAAAUCGGUUAUAAAAUCUUUAUCCGUUGGAAUUUUGAUAACUACAUCUUUUAUUUUUUAACAUCAAGCCGAUUUAAUUUUGUUUGCCUAGCACAUGUAGGUACUCAGAUAUUCUUAGAUAAUUUUUUUGGACACCCUGUAUAUCAUAUACAUACACACACUAUUGUAUAUAAAUAUAACAUUUUAUAAAUGUAAUUUGUGAGUUAAAAUGUUUUUUUCCCCAGCUUUUUUGUAUUUGUAAUUUUAAAUAUAUUUUGAGGUGUAUACUGUUAAUGCAAAGGGUGAAUGCCAGCAUCUAUGAAUGCUUUAAGCAGACAUGUGUCAUACGAUUUAAUAAAGUUCUAUUUUUCUAA